AUUACUUUACUUACUUACUAUCUUGUAUGCCCAUUGACUCAUUUCCACCUCCCACAUCUCUGCAUAAGAUACAAGAAGCAUAUUAAUCUCUCAUACUACAUCCAAUAUGGCUGAACCAAUCCCCUCUGCCGCUAGACCCGACCCCGAAGCUGCGGAGGUCCCCAGCAACGCGGAAGACCGCAAAGCCGCCGCCGCGCUCUCUUCCCUAAACGACAAUGAGAUCUCCCAAGCAGACACCGAUGCGGGCUCCAAGCUUCCUUCUUCCGCGGACCAGGAGGCCCUUGGUAAGGCGAUGAGUCGGCUAGAGAUCGUUGCAGGAGGAGGAACAGCUGCGAAGAGCACGGAUACUGCGAAGAAGGCAGACGCGCAGAAGAAAGAGGCGGAGGCUCAAAAGAAGAAAACAGUCAAGGUUGCGGCGGAGGAUGUGAAUUUCUUGGUCGCAGAACUGGACCUCAAGAAGAACAAGGCUACGGAGCUUCUCCAGGCCCACGAUGCCGAUGUCAUCAAGGCUAUCAAGGCUUUCGUCUCUCCUUCCGUCACGGCAAACUGAUUUCCAUAUACAAUGUCCCAUACAAAUAGACGCCUACACGAAAGGGAUAUCGAGCGACCAGGUGGACAGGGACAGCGAAUGUUUUAUAAAAUGUUCGCAGAUACAAUGAGGAUGAAAUGAGCGUACAGGAUGUCAUUAAAUUAGCAAGCGACUCUUUACCAACUUGGUUUAUCAAGAUUGUUGGCGUUUAUUGGUUAUAGUAUAGCUACCAAAAAGAUUAAUUGAUUUACGGCCAAGCGAUUCAACAAUG